GCUAGCCUCCCGCUGCUUGUUAUUUUCUGCAACAAGAUGGCUGUCGUUCCAGAGAGCAGAGUCCUCACUUUCAGCGUUUUUAAAUGGAGCUCUUACUCCUCUACAUAUUUACCUGAGAAUAUCUUAGUUGACAAACCUAAUGAUCAGUCUUCCAGGUGGUCCUCUGAGAGCAACUAUCCUCCUCAGUUUUUAAUCUUGAAAUUGGAAAGGCCGGCAAUCGUUCAGAGCAUCACCUUCGGGAAAUAUGAGAAGACUCACGUCUGCAACCUGAAGAAAUUCAAAGUGUUCGGUGGGAUGAGUGAAGAAAACAUGACAGAGCUUUUGUCCAGUGGCCUUAAGAACGACUACAACAAGGAAACGUUCACCUUAAAGCACAAGAUCGACGAGCAGAUGUUUCCCUGCCGAUUUGUCAAAAUAGUGCCUCUGAUGUCUUGGGGUCCUAGUUUUAACUUCAGCAUCUGGUACAUUGAGCUGCAUGGUAUUGAAGAUCCUGAUGUGGUGCAGCCCUGCCUUAACUGGUACAGCAAGUACAGAGAACAGGAAGCCAUCCGCCUUUGCCUCAAGCACUUCCGGCAGCAUAACUACACAGAGGCCUUCGAGUCACUUCAGAAGAAGACCCGGAUAGCGUUGGAGCACCCCAUGCUCACCCACCUGCACGACCGGCUGGUGCUGCAAGGAGAUUUCGACGCCUGUGAGGAGCUCAUAGACAAAGCUGUGAGAGACGGUUUGUUUAACCAGUAUAUCAGCCAGCAGGAGUACAAGCCCAGGUGGAGUCAGAUCAUCCCGAAAUGCAACAAAGGUACAAGCGCCCAAGAAAUCAACCGAGACGACAUGAACAGUGACGGCGACGACAACAGGCCAGGGAUGAGAGGAGGGCAUCAAAUGGUCAUUGACGUCCAGACUGAGACCGUGUACCUGUUUGGGGGCUGGGAUGGCACACAGGACCUGGCUGACUUCUGGGCUUACAGUGUUCAGGAGAACCAGUGGGCCUGCAUCUCCAGGGACACUGAGAAAGAGAGUGGUCCCAGCGCUCGCUCCUGCCACAAGAUGUGCAUCGACUCCCAGCAGCGUCAGAUCUACACACUGGGCCGUUACCUCGACUCCAGCGUCAGGAACAGUAAGUCUCUGAAGAGCGACUUCUACCGCUACGACAUCGACGCCAACACCUGGACGCUACUCAGCGAGGACACGUCAGCUGACGGAGGGCCAAAGCUGGUGUUUGACCAUCAGAUGUGCAUGGACUCGGAGAAGCAUAUGAUCUACACAUUCGGCGGUCGAAUCCUGACGUGUAACGGCAGCGUGGAGGACAGCCGGACGUCGGAGCCCCAGUUCAGUGGCCUCUACGCUUACCACUGUCAGGCGGGGACGUGGAGCCUCCUGCGGGAAGACUCGUGUAAUGCCGGGCCAGAGGACGUCCAGUCCCGCAUCGGACACUGCAUGCUCUUCCACACUAGAAACCGCUGUCUCUAUGUGUUUGGGGGUCAGAGGUCAAAGACGUACCUCAAUGAUUUCUUCAGCUACGAUGUGGACGGCGACCACGUAGAGAUCAUAUCAGACGGCACCAAGAAGGACUCGGGCAUGGUGCCGAUGACAGGCUUCACCCAGAGAGCCACCAUCGACCCUGACCUCAACGAGAUCCACGUCCUGUCGGGCCUCAGCAAAGACAAGGACAAACGCGAGGAGAACGUCCGCAACUCCUUCUGGAUCUACGACAUCGCCCGCAACAACUGGUCAUGUGUCUAUAAGAACGAUCAGGCAGUGAAAGAAAACCCGAGCAAGGCUUUGCAGGAGGAGGAGCCGUGUCCACGCUUCGCACACCAGCUGGUCUACGAUGAGAUGCACAAGGUGCAUUACCUGUUUGGUGGAAACCCCGGAAAGUCUUGUUCUCCCAAGAUGCGACUGGACGACUUCUGGUCCCUCAAACUGUGUCGGCCCUCCAAGGAGUACCUGCUCCGCCACUGCAGAUACCUCAUCAGGAAAUACAGGUUCGAGGAGAAAGCCCAGUCAGAGCCACUGAGCGCGCUCAAAUACUUACAGAACGACCUGUCGCUCACUGUGGACCACACAGACCCUGAUGAGACCAAAGAGUUCCAGCUUCUGCCCUCGGCUCUCUUCAAGUCCAGCUCCGACUUCAUCCCUCUGGGUUUCUCAGACGUAGAUCAGACGUACGCUCAGCGAACGCAGCUCUUCGACACGCUCGUCAACUUCUUCCCGGACAGCAUGACACCGCCCAAGGGCAACCUGGUAGACCUCAUCACCCUCUAGCCCAUCACCUCACCCAACCGGACUGACUGAACACCCGCACACACACACACACACACACACACACACAGAUGCGCACACACACCCGAUGUGACAGAGGUGACAGAGACCAGUUAUUUUUGUAUAUCUGAACCUUGCUCGCGGGAUUACAUUUCACCCUGAUCUCCUGCUGUCACAGGCCGCGCUGCCCUGACGGUGAGGGUCGUAAACACACACACACACACACACACACAAACGACAC